AUGUGUAUGUCUGUGAAUAAAGUAAUUGAGAAUUGCUGUGAAUCUAUUAAUGAAUUUCUGGGGGCUCGUCCCAUUGAAGAAAAAAUAGAAAAAAAUGUUGAUGACGCUGGCGUCAAAAAAUUUCUCAAUGAUGAGGAAGUGGAAAAGGUUUUCAUAUCUGAUAAUCUUGCAUUAACGACACAAUAUACCAGGAGAAUAGUUAAAAAGUUCUCCAAUAGCUUCAUGAAGCUACAUAAAUCUAAUCUUUACACAAUCUUAACCAAGACUACUCAACCAGCUCACAUGGCAUCUAUUUUAUUAGUUUUACUUGUAAGCUACAGCGUGUGGCCAGAAGAGAAUCGUGAAACGACAGUAAAAGCAAAAUGCCCAUUAACGACUUUCAUCUACUUGGGAUCAUUUGCUGCUCAUUUUGGUGCACAGAUUUGGAUGACAUUUGUAUCGGGACUCGCUUUAUACUUCUCAUUGCCUCGACAUACAUUUGGAAUGUGCCAAGAAGUCUUGUUCCCAAAAUACUUUUUGAUUAAUACUUUAUUAUCAACCAUGACUCUCAUCACGUUCACAAAAAUGCACACAAACUUUUCGGACUUACGUUGGAUGACACAACUAUUAGCUUUAACAAUUUGCUUAUUUAUUGAAAUGAUAAUUUCUUUAUAUUUGACUGAACCACUAUUGAAGCUAAUGCGUAAAAAAUAUCAAUUUGAGCAGAAACUUGGAAAUGGAGAUGAAAUUGGAUACCAAAAAGCCUUGCCAUCAUUUGACUGUCCGGAAUAUAAGGAAGUCCAUAAAAGUUUUAGAAAAGUUCAUUUCAAAUGUGCUUUUGGAAACAUAAUAGCCAUUUGCUGCACAUCAAUGCAUUUGUAUUAUCUUGCAUCAAAAAUUACAAUUCUAUAA